AUGGAUGAUGCGGAUCGUAUUUACGCGUAUUUGUCAAGAGCUUUGAGUCCUAACAAGGCCAAACAAAUUAUCCGAAGUGUCCCAGUUCGGAAUCCGGAUGUGAUCGACGAUCGUGGCCGUUGGGGCCGCCACGCUACCGCUGCAAAUCACGCAGCGAUGGAACUUUUCGACAGACUUGGAAAGCUAAUAAACAUACCUCCCGUAUCCAUUGAGUUUGUACCGGGAGAUGGCUCCGACUGGGAAGAAGGAAGCACCAAAGCGGAGAACGUCUAUCCCUUCCUCUUUUCCGAGGGUCACUUGGGUGUCCCUCAAAAGCUGCUGUACAAAGCGUACCUGGUUGCUAUUCCAGUCUUCAUGCGCUUGAAAAAGGGGCUGGGUUCGGACGGCCUUGUGCAUCCGUCCGAUACCUUCACAGAAUCCAUUAGCAACUCUUGUGCUGUGAUCCUUCUUGCCAAUCCAGCGCACCAAACUGCUUUAAAUGUGCGAAAGCGUUUGGUGCAGUCGACAGCCGUCGAUGCGCGGCAUGAACUGGAGGUAACUACCGCGCUGCUGACUUCGAUCCUGUGGCAUCACCGGAGGUGGUUACUCCGACAUGUUUUUGCGCCAUUCACCACUAGCACGGAGGCCUCAGCCGAGCAUGGCGCAGACUCGCUCAUCAAUGUCGACAUGACGCCAGAAGCCUUUCAAGAGGAGUUUGCUGUCACUGCGAAGGCAUGCGAAACUUAUCACAGGAAUUAUUACGCCUGGAUCCACCGCUACAUUUGCCUGGAAUCUCUCACCAUUCUCGCGCGCUCCUCUUCUCCCUUUGCUGCGGUGUAUCACUCGCUUCUGGUGGGCGAGUUCACUUCCAUGCGCCGGUGGGUCGAACUUCACGUUUCGGACUACACGGCCGUGCAGUACCUGUGUGCUGUCGAAACAUUCUUUCUGGGAGCUACCCAUCCAGGUUCCUCGCGCGCACUCCCGUCGAGCGUACUCGAUGCUCCGCCGAUGCUAGACCACGCAGCGUCGCUCGUCGAAUCAUUCCCCGACCACGAGACGCUGUGGCUCUACCUGCGCGCAAGCACGUCCGUCCCACGCCGGAACGGAACUUCAGAUCGUGACACUAGAAAUCAACUCCUCUCGUUUGCGCGCCGAUAUAUCACCGCAUAUCCCUCGUCAAGCGCGGUACCACAGUCACUUACAACAGCGGAUUCGCCGCUUAUACAUAGGCAUGCCUGUCGGCUCGUAGCGUGGCUGUCUCUUCAGCAGGGAUUGCUCACAGGCAGAGAAGGCCAGCUUGCAAGACACAUGAUCGCUGGAAACGUGGACAACCAAGAAAUCCUCAGAGAGCUGUCUUUAGAGCAGUAAGACAUGGCCAUGAAAGUGAGUGUAUUGCUUGCCACAGCUGUAACUGCUAAAAGGUGUGACAUGUGAAGGGCUCAACGCCUAUUAUAUUAUAGGUCACCUGAGCGGGUUAUGAUCUGGGUUAUCAACAUUAUGUAUAGGAACAAGUAACGACGGUGUACUGAUACUUUCGUCAGGCAGGGCCGCCUCCAAAUGGGCACGAGAUGCAUAUGAAAAGCUAUUUGUAAGUAUGGAACAGUGCAAGGCUUGAAUGAAUGGAGAAAUGUGAUGCCAGAGGGAUGCGCGCUAAAGGAACCACGACG